AUGGCUGCCGAAAAGUUUGGUCUACAUCUCAAGACAAUUCUUAAAGGGAAACAUAUCGACGUCAUUUACGAACUCUGGGGAGUCAAUUACGCCGUAGAAAUCGAACUCCCCGAGGAUGGUGAGACUCCGGAGAACUUGAGACCGGGGUAUUGUGGAGCUUACGCGUCUCAUUUCGAGGCUGGCGGCUUAUCGUUUCCUCUUCCUCGUUUCCUUCUCGAGGUGCUGACGGAGAUCAAUAUGGCGUUUACCCAGAUGGCGCCUAACUUUUUCCGGUACUUCUUGGGUUGCUGGGUCCGAGCUCAGGAAGAAGAUCUUGAAUUUGGUCUCAAGGAGUUAAUGCAAUUAUUUUCCAUAAAGCGAAACAACGUCUUUCCUGGCAUGAUGAUUCUUGCUCCUCGAGGUGGUCGUGUUAUCAUCGAAGGCAUUCCUAAUAAGGAUGAUCGAUGGAGGGAGAAUUUUUUUGUUGUUAAGAUAAAUCCGGCGUCAGUCGGUUUCGAGAGGAUUCCUCGGGAAUGGUCCGACGACAUUUGUGAGUCUCAUUUCGUCUUGCUUCACGGGUUAAUGGAGACUUUGCGUCGAGGUAGCACUCGCUGGCUCUCCUUUACUCCUGACCGAAUUCAAGCCGCCUGCGCUCUCCCAUCGGGUGCGAAUCGUGCUACUCCUGUCGCCUUGGUGGCUCCUGUUCAGCCCAAGAGAGGUCGGGGCACCAAAAGGAAGAAGGAUGAAGAGGUGUUACUCGAUCGUUCUGACGAAUCUUCUGAGGCUCAGUCUCUUGGUCUUCUUGCUAGGCCAGUGUCGGUCGCUAUUCCAUCUGGUGGAGCUUGCAAGGCACCGGAUACUUCGGCGAGCUCUGCUGGUGAUCGAGCUCUUAAUGACGAGAUCGAUUCGUCAUCUCGUCAAUCUCGACGUCGGGUUUUGGAGGAGAUUAACUCUGUGACUUUGGGAUCGUCAAGCCCAAGACUUUCUCCGCUGUUGCGUGCUUCUGGUGAAGGUACUUCGCGGGUUAACCCCGGUGUCCUUCCUUCGAGUGUGCCCGAAGCUUUUUCGUGGUCGUUUGCGUAUGACAGCGAGAUCCCCAUCCUUGAGAACCCCGAGUCCCUUGCAGCAAUUUGGUGUAAGAUAAGAGCAGAAGGGUGCGAGCUCCCUUCUUUGGAGCACAUGCGAGAGCGCGACGCCUAUGUUCGGAUGGCAGUCGCAAAUGCCAAGGCUAUGGAGGCGAGCAAUGAUUAUGCCGCUUUAAUGGAGGGGAGAUUGGAAAAUUUUCCUAGUAAGGAAGAGAUCGCGGGUCACCUUCUCACAAUCCAACAGCUUCGGGGUGAGUUGGGUGCUGCUCGGGAGGUGGAGAGACCGGGAGGUGGAGAGACAGCGCAAAGUGGAUUUUGA